AAUAAUAACGACUGCCACGCGGUGUGCAGUGCCCCGUUAAAUAAACUAUACCGAAUCUGCUCGAGUCGGCUCUGGUGAACGCUUGUUUGUUUUAAUGUAAAGCAGUUCCAUGACGAAUGUUUAAAUCCACCCUCAUGAAUAAUGAAGCAGCAGCAUGACGUGUCAGGUCUUGCUGGGGCGGGGCCGCGGCAGGUGAGCUGGAAGUUGCUCGGCCGGCAGUGAAGAGACACAGAGAGAGAGAGAGAGGGGGGGGCGAUACGGGCGACUUGACGAGCGUUAAAACUUACAAACAAGCACACUCGCACAUCACGGCGUGGGGGUUUGAAUAUCGGAAUCAGUCAAGAAGACAACGAUAUUAUUCCGGGCAUCGCCAUGUUCAGCUGGGUUAGCAGGGAGCACGGCGGCAGGAACGCGGAGGGCGAGAUGUUUCAGACGGUCACGGAGGGGCUGCAGUCCGUCUACAUGAAGAAGCUGCUGCCGCUGGAGCAAACCUACCUGUUCCACGAUUUCCACUCGCCAGCCCUGGAGCCGGCGGAUUUUAACAACAAGCCGAUGGUGCUGCUUGUCGGACAGUACUCCACGGGAAAAACUACGUUCAUCCGGUACCUCCUGGAGCAGGAUUUCCCUGGGAUGCGGAUCGGUCCCGAGCCCACGACAGACUCCUUCAUCGCGGUGAUGCACGGGGAGACCGAGGGCAUCAUUCCCGGAAAUGCCCUGGUUGUCGAUCCAAACAAACCCUUCCGGAAACUCAACUCCUUCGGGAACGCCUUCCUUAACAGGUUUGUCUGCUCCCAGAUGCCCAACCAGGUGCUGCAGAGUAUCAGCGUGAUUGACACCCCCGGGAUCCUGUCUGGAGAGAAGCAGCGCAUCAGUCGAGGCUAUGACUUCGCCCAGGUGCUGCAGUGGUUCGGGGAGCGGGUGGAUCGCAUCAUCCUGCUCUUCGACGCCCACAAGCUGGACAUCUCGGACGAGUUCUCGGAGGCCAUCCGCGCGUUCCGCGGCCAGGACGACAAGAUCCGCGUGGUGCUCAACAAGGCCGACCAGGUGGACACGCAGCAGCUGAUGCGGGUGUACGGCGCCCUCAUGUGGUCACUGGGCAAGGUGAUCAACACCCCAGAGGUGGCGCGCGUGUACCUGGGCUCCUUCUGGUCCAAACCCCUGCAGAACACGGAGAACCGCAAGCUCUUCGAGGCUGAGGCCCAGGACCUGUUCAAAGACAUCCAGAGCCUCCCACGCAACGCAGCCCUGCGCAAACUCAACGACCUCAUCAAGAGAGCACGGCUCGCCAAGGUCCACGCUUACAUCAUCAGCCACUUGAAGAAGGAGAUGCCGGCCAUGUUCGGGAAGGACUCCAAGAAGAAGGAGCUGAUCAGCAAACUGCCUGAGAUCUACACCGCCCUGCAGAGAGAGCAUCACAUCUCACCGGGAGACUUCCCUCCCGUCGUCAGGAUGCAGGAGCAGCUGCAGCACUACGACUUCAGCAAGUUCCCGCCAAUGAAGCCGAAGCUCAUCGAGUCCGUGGACAAGAUGCUGGCGACCAGGAUCGCGGAGCUGAUGACGCUGAUCCGCGAGGAGGAGAGCGCCAUGCCUGCGCGGAUGGUGAGCGGAGGAGCCUUCCAGGGCUCUCAGGAGGGGCCCUUCGGGCACGGCUACGGGGAGGGGGUCGGAGAGGGGGCCGACACAGAGGACUGGAUCGUGGCGCGGGACAAGCCCAAGUACGACGAGGUCUUCUACAGCCUGUCCCCCAUCAAUGGGCGCAUCUCCGGAGCCAACGCCAAGAAAGAGCUGGUGUCAUCCAAGCUGCCCAACUCCGUCCUGGGCAAGAUCUGGAAGCUGUCUGACUGCGACAGGGAUGGCAUGCUGGACGACGAGGAGUUCGCCCUGGCGCAGCACCUCAUCAAGAUCAAGCUGGAAGGCUUCGAGCUGCCCAAUGAGCUGCCUGCCCACCUGCUGCCCCCCGCCCACAGGAAGCACCAUAGCGAUGCCCUGCACGCAGAGUAGGAGAGUAGGGCACCAGGGGCCGCACUUUUAAAAGCAACACAUUCACUGUGUAUAUUUUUUAAAGAUAACUUGAUUUUUUUUUUUUGCCAUCCCAGCUUUUAGAGGUAUGCUAAAGAAUAAAUAAAAAAACACAUGGUAAACCAUGGUAACCUAUGGUCAAUGUGUAUUCUACUCAUGGUAACCUAUGGUCAAUGUGUAUUAUAACCAUGGUAACCUAUGGUCAAUGCAUAUUCUACCCAUGGUAACCUAUGGUCAAUGUGUAUUAUAACCAUGGUAACCUAUGGUCAAUGCAUAUUCUACCCAUGGUAACCUAUGGUCAAUGUGUAUUAUAACCAUGGUAACCUAUGGUCAAUGUGUAUUAUAACCAUGGUAACCUAUGGUCAAUGCGUAUUCUACCCAUGGUAACCUAUGGUCAAUGUGUAUUAUAACCAUGGUAACCUAUGGUCAAUGCAUAUUCUACCCAUGGUAACCUAUGGUCAAUGCAUAUUCUACCCAUGGUAACCUAUGGUCAAUGUGUAUUAUAACCAUAGUGAAUUUCUGUGUGCGGGGAUAGAAGUUUAUUUUAGACACUGUUGUGUAUUUUGAGUAGCCUGUAAUCGUGCAGGUUGUGCACAUGGGGGCUCUGCUUAGACAGCAGAUAAGCCUGUGUGUUUGUGUUGAAGUGAAAAUGUGAUAUAGUAACCCAGGGCAGUUCAGAAGAGCCUGUCUGAAUCCAGUCUGUUGUGAGUGUUGCUGUCACUGUGCUGCUGGUUGCACAGUCGUGCAUAUUCACUCCCACACCUCCUUGUUUUGCAAGUUUCUUCGGUCUGGGGGUGCUUGUGUUCAGACUACAAGCAGACAGGUUUAUGUGUCAAAUGAAAGCAGUGGCAUCGUGUAUCCACUGUGUGUGCCAGGUCUAACCCAUGUGCCUGUUAGCAUGGCUGCACAGUGCAGCAGCCUCACAGGCAAAACCUGCAAUGGCUCAAACUGCUCCAGUCGGAGAUGAUAAUUUGUUGGAAGAUGAUAAGAAGGAAGGAAGGAGCUGGGUUAUAAAUUCAAGACCCAGGCAUUUUGAGGGGAAGUCUUUUGUCUGUGUUUGUUAGCUUGCAUUAUUGUAACAGGAGUAUCAUCGCCACUGACCGCUCGUCCACAAUGGUUCUAGAGUUUCUCAUCAAGAAAACAUGAAAAAGAUCUAAAAAAGAAUGGCUGAGCAGGAGCUGGAUAAACACGAAGCUUGGGAGGAAGUGGGGACAUGAAUGUAAUGGGACCGCUCGUCUCACCUCGCUCUCAAAGUAGCUUUUAAUGUUUCACUCUGCACAUUCUCAGUGUGUGUAUAGGUAAUAUACAUAUAUAUACACACACACUACAUAGAGCGCAUCACACGUUGCACAGUACUGCUAUCGCACUAACAUGGCUGCAUUGUUCAUUUUUGUAAGUAAACUAAUCUUGCGCCCUGUUUUAUUUAAAUUCGUUUUUUUUCUGUAGUGGACACCGAAACGUUUUGAUAGUUGUAGUAGUUGUUCUCUGUCUUUGUAAAGUGCUGAUAGAGUUGUGGUCCAGCAGGUGUAGCUGUUGCGCUGCAUUGAGUGUGUUCCUUAUGACUGGCUUCUGUAGGGUAGACGUUGCCGUAGCCUGUCCAGUCCGUGUCAGAGUCUGCGUCUCAAAUACCUCAGGGGUUUAGGCAUCGCGGUUUACCACACCCAGGAUCUGGCCCACUGACCGCAUGGGUGUGAUGCUAAUGAAACAAACCCUUACAGAGCUAGUCUAACAUCUCUGUCAAAUGCACACAUACAAAAGCCAUGGCCUCAAAAUCAAAUUAAUAGGAUAUAAUAAGAGUUUUCAUAGCACACAGUGACACCUGCUGGCAUCAAACUGUUGCUGCAGCUAUUCUUACAAUUCUUCACUGCCCCUUUAUCAUUAUGUAGUUUCUGAUUUUAAAAAUAAAUAACGUGCGUACCAGCAUGGAGAAAUGAACAAAUACGAGGACACUGGCUUGUAUGCCCUUGAGAGAUGGCUCCUUUUCAAAUGUCAGUGUGCUACAUGCUCCUUGUUAGCUGCUGUUCAGCUGGGGUGGGGAGGAGAUGGUUACAAAUUUGAAGCGUUUUCAUCUUCUGCUUCAUAAAAUAAUAAUUUAAAAGCAGUUUGCUCCCAAGAGCACACACUCCGUAAUUGCUUACGUUGGUAUAAUAUAUAAAGUGAGUUUAUUUUUUACAAUGAGAAAUGUUUUAUUAAUUCGUUAAAAGCAUGUAUGUAUAUUGUAAGUAAAUGAAACCUGCUUCUCGCUUGUGUUUUCGCAGCACUGCCUGUUUGAAGGGGAGUUUGUGCACAGAGGGGAGAGCAGCAGGGUUAGUUGGAAGCUGCUGUCAGGGACACUGUGUUGUAGUGGGUUACUGUUACUAGUACUGGACUGUUGUCUAGAUCCUGCAUCCCAAACUUUCCUGCUUAUAUUGAUUUCUGAAUCUCUUCCUUUUCCACACUGUUCUAGUUAAUUCCCAAACUGCACGGCACAUCAGGGUUGCGUUCCUGAAGAAUUCUUUGUCUGUGUGAAUUUGUGUCGGUCAACUCCAGGACUCCGCACACCUCCUGUUAGUUCAGA